AUGGCCCCUCCCAGCGUGUUAAUGGUAGGCACCGGCGAAUACACCACCGGCUAUGUCGGUGGUACCGCCUCCGGAUCAGACAAGAAAGUGGGUGUUGUUGGACUGAGUCUUUUUGAUCUCCGCCGACGCGGAAAGGUAGCCGACCUCAGCAUGGUAGGCGUCUCAGGACGCAAGUUCCCAGGAAUCCGCGACCACCUCCACAAAAACAUCACCCAAGUCUACAACAACCUCGACACCUCCUUCACCUCCUUCCCCGCCGACAAUGCCACCGACCCCGACGCCUACAAAGCCGCCAUCGACGCUCUCCCCAAAGGUUCCGCAAUCACAAUCUUCACACCUGACCCAACCCACUUCCCCAUCGCAAUCUACGCCAUCGAGCGCGGCAUCCACGUCCUCGUCACCAAGCCCGCCGUCAAGACCCUCCCGGAACACAUCGCGCUCGUCGAGGCCGCGCGCAAACACAACGUUUUCGUCUUCGUCGAGCACCAUAAGCGCUUCGACCCCGCCUACUCCGAUGCCCGCGCAAAGGCCAAAAACCUCGGCGACUUCAACUACUUCUACUCCUACAUGAGCCAGCCCAAGUUUCAGCUCGAGACCUUCAAGGCCUGGGCCGGCAAGGAGAGUGAUAUCUCCUACUACCUUAACAGCCACCAUGUUGAUAUCUGCGACUCCAUGGUUGGCAGCGACUAUACCCCCGUUCGCGUGACCGCGAGCGCCUCAACAGGAACAGCCGUCGAGCUCGGCUGUGUCCCUGAGACAGAGGACACAAUCACCCUGCUUGUGGACUGGAAGCACAAGACCGAGCCCGGGAAGGUCGCAACGGGCGUGUAUACCGCUUCAUGGACAGCGCCGGAGAAGGCCGGUGUCCACUCAAAUCAGUAUUUCCACUACAUGGGUGCCAACGGCGAAGUCCGCAUUAACCAAGCUAAGCGCGGCUACGACGUCACAGGCGACGACUCUGGACUCGCCUGGUUAAACCCAUUCUACAUGCGCUAUGCCCCCGAUGAAGAGGGUAACUUCGGUGGCCAAACGGGUUACGGGUACAUAAGCUUCGAGAAGUUCAUAGACGCAAUCACGGCGCUAAACGAAGGCCGAGUGACGCUGGAUCAGCUGGACGCGCGCCCACUACCGACGCUGAAGAAUACGAUUGCUACGACGGCGAUUUUGCAUGCGGGACGUGUGAGUUUGGAUGAGAAGAGGCCUGUUGAGAUUGGGGAGGUUGAUGGGAAGUGGGCUGUUAAAUAG